AUCCACCUGCUCUGGAAUGAUCUGUAGGUUGUAGCAAUCUGGACCAGCCUUUCAAGUUCAACUCCGCAAACCACGCCAUACAUUCUACCAUUAUCAUUCAGCUAUAUCUCUCCAGCCGCCUCCAACCAGCCGCGGCGCUCAACCAACUGGUCAUGUCGGCUCUUGUUCCCGAUCCAAACCCUCGCCUUUCAGAGACGGAGGAAGAAGCGUUGUCACUCUAUGACAGACUGCAGGAGCUACAUAUUCAGAUAGGCCUUCUGCAGGCCCAGCAAGAUCACUCCGACCCGCAAAGACAUUCGGAAGUAGAUGAGGCUCGCACGCAACUACUCGAAGCAAAGGCGGCUCUUGAAUUGCGGGACUACGUAUUUGAAAGCGCCGUCGUGGUCCGGCCUAUAUUGAGGGCUGUUCAUGGCGGAACUCAGGCCUCCCCGGUAGAACGGUCCGUUUUCACUGUGGUUAGGAUCUGCAAUCUCUUUUUCUCGGAUAUCGCUGACGUCUGUUUCGUUUCAAGAGAUAUCCUGCCAUUGAUCCGGCAGCGGGAUCUAGUAUCUGCCAAAGCGGCUCAGCAAGCUUCAGCCUCCCAUCAAGUCAGAGACCGUAUCUUGGAUCUGGAACUUGAGCGUCUCCGCAUUGGUCAACAAAACGCGACAUUGGCUUCGGAACUCUUGCGGUUGUCAAAAACCACCGGCACUCAUGACGUACAAGUGGAUGGAGCUACCAAGCUUGAAAGACAGCUGGGUAAUACGAAGGGUGAGCUACAGGUGAGCCGCCAGAGAUGGAAGACGAUCAAGGGAGCGACGAGCGCGCUCGUAGCCGGCAGCGGAGUCGAUUGGGUCCGAGAUGAACGACUUAGAGGUUUGGUCCUCGACCCGCCGGAUCUUUCCACCAAAGGGCCGUAAUGAAGAAGUAACAUGCUCGGUACUUUUCAAGAGCAACGACCCGGUUUGGCAGUCGAGAGGUUCUGGGCAAUCGGUCAUGUUGGCACGAUUCUCGAUGCCUCAUUUGAACAGCCAAGGACAACCCAUGGUUACAAAGUAGCCAUGCAGACUAUUUCCGUUUGCUGAAGAAACGACGCUAUGUCCGAGUCCUGCUUUUGACGACAAUUGUUCCCAGGCUUCCUCUCUGCUUCUUUGAAAAGCCGAGGAUCGCAUUCAGCUGUUGGUCAUUGA